AUGGCACAACAGCAAGCUAGUGAAAACGCUCAAAGUGUAGCAAGACCGAGGAGAGUACGCACCUCAUUUACGUCUUUCCAGCUGAACAAGCUGGAGGAGGCGUUCAAGAAGGUGCAAUUCUUCUCAAGACCGGCGAGGUACAGCCUCUCGCUGGAACUGAAUCUGCAGGAGAAGCAGAUCAAAAUUUGGUUUCAAAAUCGCAGAAUGAAGGAGAAGAAGAAGGAGAAUAUUAAAGUUGCUGCGAGUAUGGCAACGGCCAUGAACUCUCCGCCGAUGUUAGAUCAAAAUCUCAUACAAAUGCCAUCAACUUCAUGGUACAACCCGAACUCUUCGAAGAUAAUGAAUCAUAACCUUGUAUACCAAGGCAACGUUCAACCAUAUUCAGCAUCAAAUUCUCCGCAUCAACAAAUUAACUAUGAGG